CCUCCCGGAUGCCAUGACAACGAGUCUGCGCCCGGCGCACAGCUGCUUCUCGGGCGGGACCCAGGCUGGACCGCGGGCCCCGGCCUGGGGGCCACAGCUGCCACCGCCGCCUUCGUCUCCUCCCCGUCCCCGUCCCGCCCUGCGUCUCCUCGCCUCACUCGGGCCCACGGCCGGGGUCCCUCCCCGCCACCCCUCCCCGCGCGGAUGCCGAAGGUGAAGGCGCUGCAAUGCGCCCUGGCGCUGGAGAUCCGCUCUGUAACUUGUCCAGGAGUAGUGCUUAAAGACAAGGAGGACAUCUAUCUUAGCAUCUGUGUGUUUGGCCAAUAUAAAAAGACACAAUGUGUCCCAGCCACUUUUCCAUUGGUCUUCAAUGCCAGAAUGGUGUUUGAAAAGGUGUUCCCUGAAGCAGUAGACCCUGGAGAUGUGGUUGCACAACUUGAAUAUGAUACAGCAUUGUUUGAGUUGAUUCAACUAGUUCCACCAGUGGGUGAAACACUGUCUACCUAUGAGGAAAAUACACGAGAUUUCAUGUUCCCGGGUCCAAACCAACUUUCUGGGCACCAUGAUUCAAACCGCCAGGUUACCAUGAGGAGGAUUUCUGGCCUUCGAGGAAUUGCUCCAAAGCUGGAAUUUUCUACAACCUCAGUGAUUACUGAAUGUCUGAUAAGUUCAAGGAAGUGCCGAACUCAGGAUAAAUAUAUUUUCCAUACGGCUCCAGUUGAAAAAUCACACGGCAGACUGCAAACCAGAACAUUAAGAUCUCAAAAGAAAAAAUCCAAGUCACCUGAGAGAAGUAAAUAUUGUGUAAAUGCAAAAAACUACGAACAGCCUACGAUUUCUUCAAAAUCACACUCUCCAUCUCCCUACACAAAAAGACGCAUGUGUGAGCUAUCUGAAGACACCAGGCGGCGGCUGGCCCAUUUAAAUCUGGGACCCUAUGAGUUCAAAAAAGAAACAGAUAAGCCUCCAUUUGUGAUUAGACAUGUCGAUCCCCCAAGUCCCAGGGCUGAUCCUUUAUUUGGGUCUUCUAGCAGAGACUGUGAAAGGGAUGGAUGGUCCAGGAUGCACAAUGAUCAUUCUCAUCAUGGCAGCUACCGGCCCAAGGAUUAUAAGCAGGUUAUCAGGACACCCCAUGGCAUAGACUACGAUGACUCUUUGGAAAGGUGCGAAGAGUAUUUGAGCCCAAGGACAUGUAGCAAGCCCCGGCAUUCAGCAAGGACCUUACUUGUCCAUUCAGCACCCUCAACAAUGCUGAAGCAUCCUCCAAGCCCUGUGUUAAACCGAGCUUCUCUCAGGGAAAGAUUCCAUUCUGAUUGGUGUUCAUCUUCAAACUGCGAUGAGAUCCAUGACCGGGUAAAAAAUGUCUUGAAAUCACAUCAGGCUCAUCAAAGACAUUUUUAUGAUGAGAGAGACCCAGAGAAGGAAGACGAACUGGAAAUGAAGAGAGGUCUUUUCUACAAAGACUAUGCCUAUGACAGUGAUCCCGAGUACAGCUCACUUCAGCGGCCACGUGGCACUCUCCAAAUGGAUGACGGUGAAUACUGGUCCAACAGGGCAGCCUCUUACAAAGGAAAGUCCCACCGGCCCGUCUUUGAGAACAGCAUGGACAAGAUAUACAGGAACUUAUACAAAAAGGCCUGUAGUUCUGUUUCUCAUACACAGGAAAGCUUCUGAAAUCAUCCACGAUGAACUAUAUGAGUGUCCAUGUCAACUUCAAUGAAAGCGUUUGAUGUGAUCAAUAUCUGUAUUCCUUUCUUUUUUAAACAGGUGGCUCUCAUUGAGUGCAGUAGGUAGACUUGAAUAUGUCCAUUUCUUCAAACGGCACAUUAUCAUAGGCAAGCCUUUUUUAAAUCACAGAAUAGAGUGCUAUGUUCCAAAAGUCAGAGCUCUGCCACACAAUCACAAAGUCCAGUGUGACUGCGAGAGGUUAUUGUCACAUGUUAUCUCAUGUCACCAUUGAAAAUCCAAGACUGGAUUUGCUCUAAAGCAUGUUUUGCCUUAAUCAACUUAUAAUUUUCUCUUCAUGUACUUAACUGGUUAUCUUGUCUGAGCAAGAUUUAAUUAAUAUUAACUCCUUUUUCUUACUAAUGAGCAAAAAAAUAUCCUGUGUAGAAAUGAAUUUCCCAAGAGUUUUAACCAGCAUUUUCUACCUUUUCCCCUUAGAAAAGUCUAUUUAUAUAAGAAACCACUUUCUUUUUAAAGUUUUUAUAAUCAUUCACACUCUCUCUCCUCUAAAAGAACUUUCUAAGUUGCCUAAAAUGCACAACAGUUACCUAGGAUAGCAGAGCCCAUGUGCAACCCAAAAUCUGAAUAACUUAUUUUUAAAGAUAUAAUUCUUUGUCUGAUUUUCUAGAGCCAUGUCUUUUGGUACAAACAGAAUCAGAAAAUAGCCUCUGUUAGUAAACAUGUAGAGACUCAUGGAUUAUAUUGUAAACUAAUUUAUUUAAAGUUUUCAUAGGUAUCAAAUGGCCCAAGAAAGUCAUAUCCUUACUUUAAAGGACAUUUGGAACCAAAAUGGGAGUAAAGUAUUAUAGCAGAACUCUUUGUGGUAGGCACUGCAAAGUCUGUUGGUUGAUAAAAUUAGCUCCUUACCCAACCCCCAAACACACACUUGUGAGGCCAGCGACACUCGGAGGAUAGGAAGAAAUCAGUUACCUCACAUUCACAAGAGUGAACAGAGGGAAAGCAGAGAAAGAUAGAUAUGGCUUCCAAGCUUGAAGUUGACUCCAAGAUAAUGUUUUCUCAUUAACUCUGUCUCUUGUUAAUUCUACAGCUAUGAUUUUAAAAGAAAAAAAUUGACUUGAACUUCAUUUAAGUUGAAAUUGUAAAAGUGGGUGAGUUAUUUUUGUAUUAGGAGAAAAUAUAAUACUUGCAAUCUAAUAAUAGGACUUUUUAAUUUCAUGUUAAGAAUGUUUUAGUAUGACUUGAACUUCAUGUUAAGAAUGUUAAUUGCAUGUUAAAAAUGUUUUAGUACAACAGUCUGUGAUUAUGUCAGAAAAUGCAUCAGAGAUAGGAGCCAGGAGUCCUCCGCUCUCAUCCUCUCUGCCAUUUUCUAGCCGAGUCUCUUCAAUUUCCUGGUCCUUAGUUUCCAUCAGCUAUCAAGUGAUGAGAAUGGAAUAGAUCAGCAUUUUCUGAACCAGGUCCUGUGGACCACUGUUUUAGGAAAUGGUUGUAGAAAUGUAAAUGCCAGUAUUGCAUUGGUCAUAUUAGUUUAGGAAAAUCUGUGCACUAUAUUUACCCUCCCCCCAACAUACAGAGUCACAGGUAGGAUGACAGGAGUGAAAGGGAAGGCUGUUAAUGCUGAAUCAGCAGUUGCAGGCUGGGGCUGUCCUGCUGAAACUCGGACAUGUGGUCAUCAUAGUCAUAAGAAAAACUAGUGUAUCAGAGGCACUAGUAAUGCUGGCAUAAACCUGUUUUUGCUCUAGCAUCAAGUAGAGAGUCUGGCACUUAUUGGUGCUCACUAACUACAUAUUGCAGUAACCUAGAAUUUUCUCAACAAAAUUAAGUAUGUAGUAGCAUCUGUUGUCAUGGCCAUCUUUCCCCUGGUAUUCUGUCUUCCUCAACCUCCCACUCCCUCUCAAUGUCACCCUCAGGUGCAUGUGGACACCAGCAGGGGAAAUGCUGGACUAGGUACCCCUGGUAUAAGGUUAAAUAAUGACAUUUUGUACAAUAACUUUUUGAUGGUCAAAAUUGAAUAAUGCUUUUACAAAAUUAUAUCCUCAAUGAAAUUUAGGUGUUUUUUUCUUCUUUUUUUGGGUGUGGAAAUAAAUGAAAAACUUCCCCAUUUAAAAGUUGCUGCUUGUUAAAAAGAACAAAUAUGAACUUCAAAGAAAAUGUUUUGCUAUCAUAGAAUAUCUCUCAAGUGAAUAAGUACCACAGAAAUUACUUACUGUACCUAUACCUGCCAUUGGCUUUGACAAAGGCCACAAAAGGUGGGUCUCGGGGAUCUUCGGGAAGUGAUGUUCUGAAAGCCACAUCCUCUGAUUAAACCUGACAUCUCUCUGAGUCGGGUGCAAAUCUUUAGAUAUGUGGCAUCUGUGCUAAGUAUCUAAUUGCUUCUGUUCAGUGGUCUUUAUUGCUAUCCUAUUACUGUGAAUUCUUACGUUUAUUAUCUUUAAAGGGUAAAAGCUUUAGUAAUAGUUAUAUUUUCUCAUUGAUAAAAGCAGAAAGGUGCUUAUUAUCCUAGCCUUUUUUAUAUUUUUCAUAAUCUUAUAGUAGUUAUUGGACUUAAUAUGUAAGAUAAAUGGGCCUUACUUCUUUCAAUGUGUUUUUGCCCUUAAGUAAAAAAAAAAAAAAAAAAGGAAUUUUCUAAAUGAAAAUGACAAUUCAACUAAAAAAAAAAAACCAAACAAAUCAUUAAACUGAGUCCUCCCUGGUUCCACUACUUUUUAUAUAACCUUGUUAAGUCAUUUAUCCUUCUUGGAGCUCAGUUUCCUUAAUUAUAAGUUGCUGAAGGAAUUAUUUAGAAUGAUCUUUAAAUGUUCCAACAUUUCUAUAAUGGUAUAAUUGGUUAAUGUGGAAGAUAAGGAAGCGUUAUAGGAGGCAGAGGAGUGUUAAAUAUUUGUGUGCAAGUUUUGGGGAGGGGACAUAUUUAAGAAAGUGCAUUUUGCUGUAUUUCUAUGGAUCACCUCCACAAAAGUACUGAACAUGAGUUAGUGAGACAUGUCAGGGCUCUUGGACUCUAGAAGCUUACCUUGACUAUUCCCAGAGGAUCAGGCAAAUACACAGCUGUGGUAUAAUAUCUUGGGUUUCCUCAUUUUUACUCUAUCAUAUUCUUUGUAGGUUUUUGUAGACAAUAUAUGUUUUCAUUUUUGUAUUAUCUUUGUAGCCCUAGCACCACAAUCUGGAUGUAUCUCUAUUAUAGCAACUGAUAAACAGAAACGGAAUUAUCAAUGA